GGAGACCGGGGCUGUCGAGCCGCCGCUGCUGCCGAGCCGGGGCGAUGCCGCUGGGCCGCUGGAAGAAGGCCGCUCCCUUAGUGGACGAUGACGAGGGCUGGCCGGAGCCCGAGGCGGCCCGGCUACCGGAGGAAGCGGCCGGGGAGCCGGCCUCAGGAUCGGCCGACCCUUCCCGACCCCCGUUCCGGCCGCGCCUGGUCUUCCACACGCAGCUCGCGCACGGCAGCGCCACCGGCCGCGUGGAGGGUUUCACCAACGUCCGCGAGCUCUACACCAAACUCGGGGAGGCUUUCGGAAUAGAGCCGGCAGAGAUCAUUUUCUGCACUCUGAACACCCACAAAGUGGACAUGGAUAAACUGCUGGGUGGGCAGAUUGGCCUCGAAGAUUUCAUCUUUGCUCACAUCAAAGGGCAGAAGAAAGAAGUGGAAAUCUACAAGUCGGAAGAUGCAUUGGGAUUGACCAUCACUGACAAUGGGGCAGGCUACGCAUUUAUCAAGAGAAUUAAAGAAGGCAGCCUCAUUGACCGAAUGCAGGUGAUCAAAGUUGGGGAUCUGAUUGAGUCAAUCAAUGGCCAGAGUGUCAUCGGUUAUCGCCACUUUGAGGUUGCCAAGCUGCUGAAAGGGUUGGUGAAGGGACAGCUGUUCACACUGCGCCUCGUGGAGCCACUGAAGGCUUUUGACAUGAUAGGUCAGCGCUCCAGAGGGGGAAAAUCAGCACCUGGUGCGCAGCUGGGCACCGGAAAAGGAACACUUCGGCUCCGGGCGAAAGGAACGGCCACUGUGGAGGAAGAGCCAUCAGCAUUUGAAGAGAAGGCCAUUGAGAAGGUGGAUGACCUGCUGGAAAGUUACAUGGGGAUCAGAGACACUGAACUGGCUGCUACCAUGGUGGACCUUGGCAAGAACAAGAAGAAUCCAGAUGAGUUUGCACAGGCACUCGAUGAGGAACUCGGUGAUUUUGCAUUCCCUGAUGAGUUUGUCUUCGAUGUCUGGGGUGCCAUUGGAGAUGCGAAGGCUGGACGAUAAUCACUGGACACCAUCACUAAGACUGUACAAGCUCACUAGAAGGGUCGUUUUUAAGAAAAAAAUAUAUAGAAGAUAUGCUAAUUUUAGGACACUGGGUGCUGGGUUACUUUUUACAAGAAUAUUUCUGGAUGAUUUUGUACAGUUGGACUGACCAAUAAUUGCUUGUUUUUAGACUCUCUUGUUUUUUGUAGGCAAAUACUUGAGUACCUUUUGGGUGCCAUAUUGUGGUGUGCUGAUGGUGUCUGUAUACAUGGAUGCCAGAAUUUUGAAAGAGUUUUCCUGUGAUGGGACUAUACAAAGAAGUUAUUUUUAAUAUAUUUUUGCAGACGUGUUUAUGGGAAUUAUAAGUUUUUGGGGUGGGUUGGGGAGAAAAAAAAUCCUUUGUGAAGAUGUGAAUUCAGUCUAUGUUUUGUAAGCUGCAGUUUUCAAAAAAAUUAGUUGCACGCCUCAGUAUGGUAAUACACUAGGGAUCCGCCACACCACUAGAACACUUUAAAAUAUGGUCUUAACUGGUGUAUUUUAUUAGUUUAUUUUUUUGUUUGUACUGAUGUUCCAGUUUCGGAUACCAAACAUCACUACCUGUUGAGGCAGAGAAUUAGGAAGCUGUGCUGAUAGGAGAGAAUAUACGUUUUUUUUAAAGAAUAAGAGACUUGCAUUUAUAUAAUGGCUUAUCAUGCUUGCCAAGCAUCUCAAAAUGCUUCGCUUGCAGUGUAUAAAUGCGAGUUACGUGAAGUUCCUCUCCCGUUGUUAACAAGACAAUUAUGUGCCUGCGCAUGGGCUAACACCGUUUAAACUGCCCAACACUGGUUUAAAUAGUAGACUCAAGUCAUGCGAUUGUAUCAAACUGUUAGGUACUUGUGAUCACUUUGCGCACUUUCCAUCCUCAAAUUUAAUUUAAUUACCAUUUAAAGAUGCUGUUACGAGGAUUUUGGUGAAAGGUGAUGGUGGGUGUGUGAAAUGUUCAAACUGAAAACAAGCACCCAACAACACAGUCUUAACAAUUGCGAGUCUCCAGUCUUGAUUAUACCUUGAUGAAGCGUUCUGAAACGCAAGAUUUGGAUUUCCAUGGCGCCUUUCACAACCUCAGGAAGUCCCAAAGCACUUUACAGCCAAUUAAGUAGUAGUCUUUUUUUUAAAAAUGUAUUCACUGUUGUGAUGUAGAGAACAUGGCAGCCAACUUGAGCAUGGAAGCUGCCACAAUCAGCAAUGUGAUGACCACGUCCCCUGUUUUAUUGAUGUUGGUGAGUGAUAAAUAUUAACUAGGGCACGGGGGAGAAUUGCCCUGCUCUUCAAAUUAGUGACACAGGAUCUUUGGCAAUGAGGCCUUGGUUUAACGUUCCAUCUGAUAGACAGUUCUGACGGUGCUGCACACUCUCAGUGCUGCAUGGAAUGUUGGCCUGCAUUUUACACUCAAGUCACUGGAGUGGGAUAUAAGGCGUAUAAAGCUAUGGUGGUAGUCUAUCUCUGUUGACAUGAAUUGAGAGCAUUAUUUUUUCUAAAAUCCCCUACCUUUAUUAGGUACCAAAUGCACACUAAAGAAUCUUAUUUAUAACACUGUACUGUAUGAUAUAUGUUGAUGCCUUUGCAAUAUCCAGGGGGAAGGAUAUUUAUUAUAUUGAAGGGUUGGAGCAAUGUAGCUAACCCCACAAAAGAGAGCUCGUCAGUGGGUUAAUGAUAGCACAGCCUCCUUUUGUUAAUGUAAGGCUAUAAUUUGUAAUGAAAUUCUGCACAGUAUCUGCUCCAUGUACUUUCCUUGUUUGAAAGGAACAACGGUUUACCAUGUGACUUAAUCCCAUGAAAAGGACCUGGUCAUUCAGUUCUUCUUUACUCCUCAGAGUUCAUCUGCUUAAAGUGCUUAUCUGCAUCUGAAUUGUCUGAUUAGAGCAAUGCUUUAUAGGAAAUGUUUUCCUCCUGUGUGUUUUGAAAAUUUUUAUGACCUGCAUGUUUUUUAGUGAUAGGAUGUAGGAAAUUUGCAACACUGUGCAUCAGAGCAGCUUAGUCGAAGCUUCACUGGAGCAAACAGAACUAUUGAAUGUUAUACAGUGCUGAAGAAAGCCUUUUAUCCUGUGCUGGCUCUUUGAAAGAGCUGUCUAUUUAGUCAUACAGCUGUCUAUUUAGUCAUACUCCCCCUGCUCUUUACUCAAGGUUCUGCACGUUUUUCCUAUUUGCAUAUUUAUUCAACUCUCAAAGUUAUUGUUGAAUCUGAUUCCUCUUCCCUUUCAGGCAGCACAUUCCAAAUUACAAUAACUCAUUGUGUUUUUUAAAAAAAGUUCUCCAUCUUCUCUCUGGCUCUUUUGCCAAUUAUCUUAUCUGUGCCCUUUGCUUACCAGCCCUACAGCUACUAUAAACAUUUACUUACUUUCGCCCUUCGUGAUUUUUGACUGCCUGUAAAUCUGCACUAUUUUUGUGGAUUGUCUGGAAGGGGAGGAUGAGAAUGGAAUGAAAACAGUUAACGUUAAAACAAAUGCAUAAAACUGCUUUAUCAGAUAUUUGAUAGAGAUGCCUUCAACAGUAUCCAGAGAGCAGAGCUGAGGAGGCUGUGUCAAGGGGUGAUAUACAAUCAGUUAGCCUUAGCAGGUGAAUGGGCUCAGUGGCUGUAUAAUGAAAUGCUCGUGCUCUGCUUAAUUAGCCUGUUCCUUAGCACAUCUGUCCCUGGCACAUUAGACCUUUUAUUCUUUUUGUUGGAUAAGCUGAUGUUUGGUAUCUUUGGUGCUUGGCCUUUCACUAUAAAUCAACUCAUUGCCUGUUCCAUAGGCACAAGCUACUUAUCUUCAAACUAAACUCUGCCUAGUACUACUAGAUCUGAACAGUUCACUGUGACAAUAUUAACAUGCAGCUGCAUUGAAUUUUACAGCUCGGAAACAGGCUAUUCAACCCAAGAGGUUGUCUACGCCAUUGUCUGUCCUGCUUGAGCCUCCUUCCACCUUUUUGGAACUUUUCCUUUUCCGAUUUCUUGAACUUAACACUAACCUAGAUUUAAAAGGGAAUACUGCUAAUUUAUAAUAGGUGAAUUAAACUCUUGCUCAGUUAGUAUUCUAUUUUGUAGCUCUUUGGCUUUGCAUUGUAAACUGAUUUAAUUUUUAAUUUUCAAAAAAAUGCAAACAGAUAACAGGCAAACGUUAUAUUGGUGUAAGCUAUCACAUGGUUAAAUCGUGUAUUUGAAGUAAAGAGCAAAAUAACAA